AGAAGAUCGUAUACAGAAGGGAAGAGAGAAGAGGAUGAAUGGGGCAGGUGGGAGCUGGCAGUACAAAGCAAGAGAUAACUGUUAAUAGUAGUGGGGGAUGACAUAACAAUUUCUUAGCAAUACGGAGGUUUUAGAGAGUCAGCACUUAAUAGAAUUUAGUGCAUCGAUGUCCUAAAAGACACACCGUAGCAAUGGAGGGUGCGGAGGAGAAGGGAUGGAGCCUGGCUGCAUGGACAGUGUGCGCGGUGCUGCUGCCGGUCCUACUCACUUUUUGGUGCAGUGUUCGCAAGUCUCGGAGGAGGAACAUCCCCCGGACAGGGAAGCACGGCUGGCAGGACACCGGCCUCUUCGGGAAACCCACGUAUUGUUCGGUGUGCGGGCAGCAUAUACUGCGUGGGGUAUACUGUCGCUCAUGUGGCCUGUGCGCGGAUGGAGCCUGUGUCCGAAGAGCUAAUAGGCGCUUUCCCUGCAAGGAAAUAGUUCUGCGGGCUGAGGGCAGGGGCCACCACUGGGUGCGGGGAAAUGUUCCGCUGUGCAGCCUGUGCUCAGUGUGUGGCCAGCAGUGUGGAUGUCAGCCCAAGCUCUGUGACUACAGGUGUAUUUGGUGUCAACGGACUGUGCACGAUGACUGCAUGCAGAACAACUUAAAAACCGAAGACUGUGAUUUUGGUGAAUUUAAAAAUCUUAUCAUUCCUCCAAGUUACCUUUCGGCUGUCACUCAGUUGAAGAAAGGCAAAACUACUGAUUAUGAAAAGUUAGCAUCUUCCAUGGGAAAACAAUGGACUCCCUUAAUAGUCUUGGCUAACACUCGUAGUGGCAAUAACAUGGGGGAAGCCCUAGUCAGUGAAUUUAAAGGUCUCCUGAAUCCCAUCCAGGUAUUUGACCUGAGCAAAGUCUCCCCAUUUCAAGCACUUCAGUUGUGUACAUUAUUGCCAGACAAAUCAGUCAAGGUGCUAGUUUGUGGUGGGGAUGGCACUGUUGGCUGGGUUCUAGAUGCUGUGGAUGAAAUGAAGAUUAAGGGUCUUGAGGGUUGUGUUCCACAAGUAGCAGUUUUACCUCUCGGGACAGGCAAUGACCUGGCUAACACGUUGGGUUGGGGAGCAGGCUAUGCUGGUGAUGUACCUGUUGAGCAAAUACUUCGGAACAUAAUGGAUGCUGAUAGUAUCAAACUUGACAGGUGGAAAGUUCAAGUAACAAACAAGGGUUACAGUUUGAGGAAACCAAAGGUCUUAUCGAUGAAUAACUACUUUUCAGUAGGGCCAGACGCAUUAAUGGCUUUAAAUUUUCAUACCCACCGUGAGAAGACUCCUUCCCUGUUCUCUAGUAGACUUGUUAAUAAGGCAGUUUACCUGUUUUAUGGGACAAAGGAUUGUUUGGUUCAGGAAUGCAAAGAUCUCAACAAGAAAGUAGAGCUGGAGUUAGAUGGAGAGAGAAUCGACUUACCAAAUUUGGAAGGAAUUGUAGUGCUGAACAUUGGUUACUGGGGAGGAGGCUGUCGACUGUGGGAAGGAAUGGGGGAUGAACCAUAUCCCUUAUCAAGACAUGAUGAUGGGCUGCUGGAGGUUGUUGGAGUUUAUGGAUCCUUUCACUGUGCACAGAUGCAAGUAAAGUUGGCGAAUCCUGUACGACUUGGACAGGCGCACACUGUACGACUUACCUUGAAAAGUUCAAAAAUGCCAAUGCAGGUGGAUGGAGAGCCCUGGGCCCAAGGUCCGUGCACAGUCACCAUUACUCACAAGACACAUGCACUGAUGUUGUAUCACUCAGGAGAACAGACUGAUGAUGAUGAUGAUGAUGCUUCCAGUGAAUCGGACCAUGAGAAGCAUGAACAGAGCGAUGAGGAUAUGUAGUCUUCUAACCACAAUCUCCAUAUCUAUUUCACUGCUGUAUCAGGAUGAUUUCAAUUGUCUGUGAAUUUUAAACCUGUCAAUUUUAAACCUUUCAAGUAUUUGUGUAAGGUUGAAGCACUAGUUUCACAGCAGUGCCAGACUGUAAGUGUCCUUUUCCAAUAACAAGCCAUUUAACUAGAUUGUUUCAAUAGAUGUCUACUUAUGUUUAUGAAUGCAUAUCAUUCAGCCUCCAAUAGCACUUUACUGGUCCCAAAAUAUAUAUAUAAAGUUCUAUUAGAAUUCAAAGUUCAAAAUUGCCUGCAUUACAUCAAAAAGGGCAUUCAAGUGAGUGCAGUGGAGCAGCACUUAUUAGUGUUUUGCACUGGAUUCUACCCACCUGUUUUAAGGGCCUUGGCUUUUUAUUAUUGUAUCACAAUGCGCUGGAGUUCAUCUGUGAUUCUCACAGUAGUGAGCUAAUAGUAGUCUCUUUAAGAAGAAGAAAUGAUCAUUUUAUCUGUUUUAAGUUAGGUUGAAAAAAGACACAAGUGUAAGUAAAUAAUGAUAAACAGACAAGGCAAGUAACCCACCUUUGAUUGGAUCCCAUUUGUGCCAAAACUACUUGCAGGCAACAAAAGCACAAGCUCAUUACUGCUAUCUUUUUAGUCAUUUCCAUGAAUUCACAGUGUAAAUUUCAACGUCCCUGUAACAUUUUGCAUGUUCCUUAGUCUGGGGGAACAUAUUUUGGACAUGAGGGGGAGAUACCGUAUUACCAAGUGAAUUAUUCUCCAUAGACUUCAGCUUAACAGAACCAUUUACAAUUCAGCACUGUAUUGUGCAAUUCCUCUGACAUUAAAUGCUCUGGCCAAAGCAAUUAAUAUAGGCAGUGUGCUCAUGUAAUCAAGCAGAGAAGCUGUGUUCUGUGCACUCCAUAAGUUAUGCUAUGGCUUCUGUUUAUGGAAGAUUAAAACAAAACAAUAAUGGGACAACAUUUCCCUAUUAAGUUGCCCGAUGUACAUUUUGUUUUACAUUUGAGUAUUGUUUACCAGAAAAAAAUAUACUAUUCCGAGUAAUGUGUA